ACUAGGACAGACGUUCAAAAUGAUGCCGAUAUCAGAUCACAUGUUCGAUGAAGGUAUAAACAUUAGCAUGUUCCAAAAUGACAUGAAAAAUGUGAAAAAUAAAAAAGAUUUUUAUGAGAAAACGCAGCGUGAUUACGAACAAGAGCAACGCGAUAUGCUGUCGUCUCAAGAUGGCGACACUUGUGAAAUCCACGACCAGUUUUACAGGGACCAUAAGUUGCUUCUGGUGUUGUUCCGAGCCCUUGCAGUCAUGCCUAUUACUAGGUCCCGACCAGGAACAAUCACGUUCAGCUGGCGCUCAAGCGCCACAGCGUACGCCAUUUGCUUCUACAUAGUGGCUACAGUAGUGGUCCUUAUUGUCGGGUAUGAAAGGAUAAUGAUUCUGCGCUCCAUCCGCAAGUUCGACGACUACAUUUAUGCUAUCCUUUUUGUGGUGUUCCUCGUGCCACAUUUCUGGAUUCCCUUCGUGGGCUGGGGCGUGGCACAUCAGGUCGCUAUUUAUAAGACCAAUUGGGGAAAAUUUCAAGUUAGGUAUUACAGGGUUACCAGUGAAAAUCUCCAGUUUCCAAACCUAAAAACUUGCAUCGUUAUCAUAAGCAUCGGCUGCUUGUUGCUAGCCGUGUGCUUUUUGCUCAGCUUGUGUGCUUUGCUUGACGGGUUUUUGUUGAUUCACACGACCGCGUACUACCACAUCAUCACUAUGAUCAAUAUGAACUGCGCGCUGUGGUAUAUCAACUGCAGAGGGAUUAAAAUUGCUUCGCAAGGCGUGUCUGACUGCUUUCGGAGGGACGUGCAAAUGGGAUGUUCGGCGAAGUUGAUAUCCCGUUAUCGAUACCUCUGGCUGAACCUCUCGGAACUGUUGCAAUCCCUUGGGAACGCGUACGCUAGAACCUACUCCACUUAUUGUCUGUUCAUGUUUACAAACAUAACUAUUGCAAUCUAUGGAGCCCUGUCUGAGAUAGUGGACCACGGCUUCGGCUUCAGUUUCAAGGAGAUGGGCUUGUUUGUGGACGCAGCUUACUGCUCCACACUGCUGUUCAUAUUCGCUGAUUGCUCGCAUAAAUCCACUCUGAAGGUGGCGGCCGGGGUUCAGGAUACCUUGCUCUCUAUUGACGUGUUGACUGUUGACCGACCAACUCAAAAAGAGAUUGACCACUUCAUUCAAGCGAUAGAGAUGAACCCUGCAGUGGUCAGCCUAAAGGGAUACGCGCACGUCAACAGAGAAUUACUUACCUCGGCAAUAAGUAUGAUUGCGAUCUACCUGAUUGUAUUGCUGCAAUUCAAGAUCUCGCUCCCGAAGGAUCCUCAAGGUUCCACGUAAACUUCAAUUCAAGAAAAUAUAGCCAUUAAAAUUAUUAAAUACAGCCUAGUAUUUAGCUAAUAAUAUUAUCACUUUUCGACUCUCUCUAAUUAUAUCCUUGAUUAAACAUUGGUCCGUUUUGUAAACACAAACAAAUUGUUAAAAUGUAAUGCAAAACUAAUUUAAAGUUUUAUUUAGUUAUAUUGUUGAUAAAAAUUGUCAUGCGUAAAUAAAUUAUUGUAUAAUUUUCAAUACAAGUUAAAUGAAACAAAAGCGAUAUUUCUAAUUUAUAAAAAAUGCUACCCGCAAUAUGUCGCUCUAUCAAAAUCCUUGCUCCAUUGAUAAUCAUCUCACAAUACAAAAUGACUAUCUAGGUGGAGAAUAAAGCGAUGGGAUACAAUUUUCCCUAUUUCAAAUGCGUCGCGUCGCGUACAUGCGUCAGUCAAGUUAAGCUAAAUUUACUUCCUCCUUUGCAAACAUCAAAGUAACUAGUACUUCAGGUAACUUGAUCGAAUGAAAAAAGGAAAAUGGGUAGGUACCAACCAAUCUAUAGUAUAAAAUCUUGCUCCGCUAUGCGAGCUACGUUAAAGUACGUCAAUUCGCGGUGGAUCUUCAGCUUUAGACAUUAUAAAUUAAAAGUGCGGAUUUGAGUCGUCGCCUGUCACGCGCACUGCCAAUCACUGCAGACGGCCGAUGAGUUUCAUUAAUCAACUUUUUUAAUUUCCAACAACUCUUACUCCAAUCGGCAAGUUUGAUAGCUUGAAAUCUGCGCAGCUUCAAUACUCGUACCAUUACCAUUUCGGAGAGAGAGUUGUGAUUGUUAAGUGAAGUGAUUUUUUAUUAUGAGUGAUUCUUCAAAAAUAUUCUUCGCAUUAAAUUGAAAUACGUAAAUACGUGGCAA